CAAUUGAGGAAUAUUCAUUGUUUUAAACCAUCGACUUGUCAAAAGGCUAAUUCAGUUGGUUGUUCCACUUACUGUUUUGCACAGCCAGUUAGCCUGAUUUGCAAAGGAAAAACUGAGCAGUGAUGUUGGUGUUAACCCUGGUCUAGGAGCUUCAGGUCUCUCCCUUCAAAUCUGUUUUACGAUUCCUACCUCUCUACCUCAUUCUGAAACCAGGUUAAGAUGCGUGCCUGGGUAGCUGUGGCCAGCACCCUCAUCUUCAUAGGGAUGGACGUGACAUUGACCACCAUGUUGUAUGAAUACAACCGCCACAGCAGCACCAUCCUUCAGGAUCUCAAGCACUUCAACAUCUUCAACUCCAUGCUGGAUAUUUGGGGGUCUUGCUUGUAUCGCAGCUGCCUACUCUUGGGGGCCUCCAUUGGGGUGGCCAAAAACACCAGUUAUGGUCCCAAACGGUUGAAAGGAUCCCGGAUCUUUAUCAUUUUGGUCUGUCUGGCGAUUGGGAUUUAUGCCCUGGUCAAGUUGCUUCUUUAUUCUGAAGUGAGAAAGACCAUCAAGGAUCCUUGGUUUUGGGGUUUAUUCGCCUGGACUUACAUCUCGCUGGUGGCCACCUUCUCCUUCUGGCACCUGCUCUCCUCUGUGACCCCUGCCAGGGAUACCUUGGGGAUUAAUUCAGAAUCCAGGGCUGAAGCAGAAGACGUUGGAGACCCCAGUUCUCCUGGGGUUCGGGGAAAGAAAGAGGAGGCCUCAGCUGCCACCAUUUGUAAACUCCUGUCCUACACCAGGCCAGAUGUCCACUUCCUUGUUGUAGCCUUUUUCUUCCUCUUACUAGCUGCUUUAGGAGAAACCUUCCUUCCAUACUACACUGGCCAGGCCAUUGAUGGGAUAGUCAUCCAGAAGUCCAUGGACCAGUUUUCCAAGGCAGUGGUGAUCAUGGCCUUUCUAGCCAUUGGAAGCUCAUUUACCGCAGGUGUCCGAGGUGGCCUCUUCACCCUGGUCUUUGCUAGACUGAAUAUCAGGCUCCGUAACAGACUCUUCCGGUCGCUAGUAGUGCAGGAAAUGAGUUUCUUUGACGAAAAUCUCACCGGUGACAUCAUUUCCCGACUGACAUCAGACACAACCAUUGUGAGCGAUCUCGUCUCCCAAAACAUCAACAUCUUUCUGCGCAACCUGGUCAAAGCCACCGGGGUCAUUGUUUUCAUGUUUAGUCUCUCGUGGCAGCUCUCCUUGGUGACCUUCAUGGGCUUCCCUAUAAUCAUGCUGAUGUCAGAUGUUUAUGGGAAAUAUUACAAGAAGCUCUCUAAAGAAGUCCAGAACGCUUUGGCCAAGGCGAACAAUACCGCUGAAGAAACCAUAUCCGCUAUGAGGACAGUCCGAAGUUUUGCCAAUGAGGAGGCCGAGGCUGACGUCUACUGGGAGAAAUUGCAGCAAGUCUACCAACUCAACAAAAAGGAGGCUAUGGCUUACACGUACUACGUGUGGUCAAAUGGACUCACCCUACUCAUCGUUCAAGUGAGCAUCUUAUACUAUGGAGGCCAUCUGGUGAUCACUGAGCAAAUGACAAGUGGCAACUUGAUAUCCUUCAUUAUUUAUGAAUUUGUUUUGGGAGACUGCAUGGAGUCCAUUGGUUCAGUUUACAGCGGCCUCAUGCAGGGUGUGGGAGCAGCUGAAAAGGUAUUUGAGUUCAUAGACCGCCAACCCACGAUGUUAAACGAUGGGACGCUGGCCCCUAGCCAACUGGAAGGAAAAUUGGAAUUCAAGAAUGUCACUUUUGCUUAUCGCACCCGUCCUUCAUCUCAAGUCUUACAGGAUGUCUCCUUCACUCUCCAUCCUGGGAAGGUGACCGCGUUGGUGGGUCCUUCAGGCAGCGGGAAGAGUUCCUGCGUCAACAUCAUAGAGAACUUCUACCCUCUUCAAGAGGGCCAGGUUCUUCUGGAUGGACAGCCUAUUCAUAUGUAUCAACACAAGUAUCUUCACUCAGUGAUCUCCCUGGUGAGCCAAGAGCCGGUCCUGUUUGCUCGAUCCAUUGCAAAAAACAUCUCUUACGGUUUGGAUUCGGAUCCGUACGAGCUAGUUGUUCAAGCUGCCCAAAGUGCCAACGCCCACACCUUUAUUAUGGAAUUGCAAGAUGGCUAUCACACAGAAGCUGGGGAGAAGGGAACCCAACUGUCUGGUGGUCAGAAGCAGAGAGUGGCUAUUGCGAGAGCUUUAAUCAGAAACCCACCGAUUCUGAUUUUGGACGAAGCUACAAGUGCUUUAGAUGCGGAGAGCGAACACGCAAUUCAGAAAGCUAUCUAUGGACAUGUGCAGAAUCACACGGUUCUGGUCAUCGCCCAUCGACUGAGCACUGUGGAAAAGGCACACCACAUCAUUGUUCUCGAUAAGGGCUGUGUGGUACAACAAGGGACGCAUCAGCAGCUUAUGGAAGAAGGCGGCCUUUAUUGCAAGCUAGUGCAAAGACAGAUUCUUGGCCGUGAAACAGGCACGGAGGACAGCUGUCCACUGGAUGGUGGCUUGGCUAACAUCCAGAGAGGUUCUCCGAAGACAGGAUUGGCAGAAGAGGUAAAGAAGGGAAAACAAACCUGCUGAACUUGAAGAUACUCAACUGGACCGUCCGACUGCCAACUGAUCCCAGAAGCGAAUGUAACAAGGGUUCCCAUCAAACUCCAGAUGGAAGAGUUAGCAUCUUUCACAGGGCUUCCCCCGGGCUUCCUUAUCUGGUGUUGGCUAAUUACAAUCCUAAGCAGUUGUCCAACCUGAAUUACUCCCAGGAGAUAGCUGUAGAAGAAAAAGAAAACCAGAUGCAAUUCUUUUAAUGGGCUGUGUCUUCUUCCUCCCCCGGAUAUACCUUGCAAGCUUUGCUCUUUCCUAUAAACCGGCAUGGUUUUUAAGGACGUGCACUAUAUGGAAGAACAAGGAUCUUGAAUGGAUCUUUCAGAUGCAUCACCACUAUGGGCUGGGAUGGAAAUAACGUGCUUGGGAUUGGCAUUGAAGCCAACCGGUUGACUUUGGGAUCACCCUGGUGCCUACAGAUUUGCUUUACGCUUCCAUGACAGUUGAACUGGACCGCCAGAUCUAAUGCACUUUCCAUAGGGAGCUUGGCUCAGCUGGAAUUCAGAACAUCUGGAUAUGUUGUGGUCCAGGUCAAUGGUUCUCUGGGUAUCUCUGGCGAAGUGUGGUACUCUACAAGCUGGGAUCGUCACAAGCUGCGUAUGCAUGAAGGUUUUCUUAUAAAAUCAGUGCUGUUUCAGUUGGGUAGGGGUUUCAGAGAUAGUAGCAUCCCGAACAGCGAUUGCAAUAAAACCUCCAGCCAUAACAACAGAGAGAACAAGAGGAUUGCAUCUUUGGUCCGCAGUGCAUACCUAGAUGGCAAUAAAAGUGGAGAGAGAGCCUUGGUUAGGGGGAAUAGGCAGUUUUAUUGCAGUUGGAAUUAUUUACAUUUUUUAUCGCUGAUAUGCACAGUCGCACACAAUCUGGGUUGGGCACCUGAAUAUCCCAACUAGCAAGUCAGCUCUGUUUGCAAACUAUUUAUUUCUGUAGAACAAAGAUUUUUGUUUUCCUCCUGCUCCUCUUCCUCCUCCUCUUCCUUUUCUGUUUUAAUGCCUAAAAUCAAACAUGUCGGUUUUAAAAUAUGCCCAUUCUGCCAGGAAACAUUUCCUGCCAAAUUUUAUGUUAAAAGAUAUAGAUUCUGCUAAAUGUUGCAAAUAUUGUGGGUUAUAGUUAUUUUGUUUAGAUAAUUAGUUAAUCAUCAAGCACCAGUUCUCCAAAUUAUUUUGAUGGAUUUGUUGUGUUCACUCUAACAAAGGAAAGAAAAGGAGAAAAAAAAAACCUUUCCAAAUCUAGCUGUGUAAUUUGACCUAUUUUGAUCUAUGACUUUUACAGCUGGAUAAAUAUUAAGAGUUCUCAGCCAAAUAUGUGCUUUAAAAAAACAAAACUGUGAAUUGAGAUUGAACAAUUACUGCAAUGCUUAAUCUUAGCAAUUUUGAAAAGGUAAUUUGUUCUCUCUGGGUAGCCUUUCCAGUUGCAUUUGGUUAUAAAAUGACUCAUGCACUUUAUCACAUUUUAAUUACUUUCUGAUACCUCGAUGGGCAGAUUUUUGUCGUUUGCAAUGUUUUAAAAAAAGCGUAUGAUAUUUUAGCAAUAUUUUACAAGUACUUCACUAAAUUAAACAACAAAAAAACUACCUCUGAUAUUCUAGUUUUAGUGAGUGUGUGUUUUCAAGAAUCUGUCCCAAAUAGCCUUUUAUUGGUAAGAGUCACCUCAGAGAGAUAGCAAAUUUUUAUUGACUAACAACAAGAAAAAGUUAAGCCCUUUAAUGUAAUAUUGGUUUAUGCUGUGCUGGUGAAAAGACAAAUGUUUUCCCCCCCAUAAAGUUCUUUCCAACUUUGCUUUUCAAAGUGAAGUUAAUUGCUUCCGUUACUCAAGGUAGCAUGGCCAGUGGUCCAUAAUAAUGCAAGUUAUGAGCAGUGAUACCUUAGGUCCCAUGGAUGAGAAGGACAAAGAGCUGGUUUCCCUACAUUCUCUUUUGUUCUUUUGUGUUAGUUGCAAAUAAUUUCCUUGACUUUGUUGGCACCAUUGUGAAAUUUGUUUUUAUGCUGGUUUCUACAACCCAGUCUUCACCCAACUUUUAUGCCCCCUUACUCAAAGAUUUGGCACUUUAUGUACAGCUUUUGUUCAAGAUUUGAUUCACGUACAAUUGCACCAACAGGAAUACAGUUGGGCAAUAAAGUUUGAGUAAAACAUACAAGGAUUUAUGAGAAUUUGAACCGGCUGUGAGAUGUUUAAUCAGCUGUCUCAAGAGAAGGUUGAAGGCUUCCUCAGAGUACAGGUAAUCCUUGACUUACUACCAAAAUUGGGACCAGAAUUGCAAAGCAAGGCAGUUAAGGGAGU